AAACGCCAUUACAUCUCUAUUUCCUCUUCACUCUUCACUCUUCACUCUUCACUCUUCACUCUUCACUCUUCACUCUUCACUCUUCACUCUUCACUCUUCACUCUUCACUCUUCACUCUUCACUCUUCACUCUUCACUCUUCACUCUUCACUUCUCACUCUUCACUAUUUAUCACUCUUCAAAAUCGUUCAGUUUAAUUCUAACUAAAUGAAACCUUGUGUUGUACUUUGCACGAUGCUAGUUGCCUCUCUAGCCGCAGCGUAUCCAGAUUAUUCAUAUAAAAGAUGUAUUAAGGCAUAUGGUACCUCUUCCUUUGCCUGCGAUGACCUCUGCAACACCUGUGCGUGCGCUCCGGAUGGUUUAGUUAGCACUGAUCAAGCUUGUCCUCCAUACGAUUUCAAAAAAUGCAAGAAGGUCAAAGGCAUUGGUGCAUGGCCGUGUAAUGCCGGAAACAAUAUGUGCCGGUGUGCCCCUAGAGGAGUAAAAAUCCUCGUUCUGUAAAGUCACUGAAGCUUCCAAAAAUAAAAAAGCUCCAAGUUAAAGGCCAUGUUUUACAAUACACCCUUAAAUUUAUAUAAAAGCGUCCUUUGACUAUCGAGGGCUGUACACCUCUACUUCUUCAUUCUCUUCUCUUCUCUCUUCUCUUCUCUCCGCUUUCCACUCUCAUUCUUUGUCUUUCUUCGACAUUAUUCGUUUUAAUCCAAGGUAGAGAACCCUUCAUUGCUUUCCCUUAUUCGCCGCAUGUAG